GUCAGCGACUGUUGUGAUUCUCUGAUCAGUUUCUCUGCCGAAAAAUCUGAAAUAUUUGUAGAAUUUGCAGCUUCCUUCUUCUUCUCCGGUUGAUCGUUCUCAUACGUUUAGCAGUCAUGAAUCCCGAAUACGACUAUCUUUUCAAGCUUUUGCUUAUUGGAGAUUCUGGAGUUGGCAAAUCAUGUCUCCUUCUCAGAUUUGCUGAUGAUUCGUAUCUUGAGAGUUACAUUAGUACCAUUGGAGUGGACUUCAUAAGUGAUCCAUGUCAUUCUGUUCAAUGUCUUCGUAAUCAUUGUUUGCAGUAUAUCAGUGACGAUUGCAUUCUCGUGUAGAAAAUGCGCACAGUGGAACAGGAUGGGAAAACCAUUAAACUUCAAAUUUGGGACACAGCUGGUCAAGAGCGUUUUAGGACAAUCACCCGCAGUUACUAUCGUGGGGCUCAUGGCAUAAUUGUGGUUUAUGAUGUGACUGAUCAAGAGAGCUUCAAUAAUGUCAAGCAAUGGUUGAGUGAAAUUGAUCGAUAUGCAAGUGAUAGUGUAAACAAGCUUCUUGUGGGAAAUAAGUGUGAUCUCACAGCGCAAAAAGUAGUUUCCACUGAGACAGCUCAGGAUUUCGCUGAUGAAAUUGGUAUUCCAUUCAUGGAAACAAGUGCAACCAAUGUGGAGCAGGCUUUCAUGGCCAUGGCUGCUUCAAUCAAGAACAGAAUGGCGAGCCAACCCGCAUCAAAUAAUGCUCGGCCUCCAACUGUGCAGAUCCGUGGACAACCUGUUAACCAAAAGAGUGGUUGCUGCUUGACUUGAAAGGAUGAAGUUACGUUAGCACGAUGAUGCUUCUGAUCUGAUGUAGCAUGUAAAAUUAGUCGCAAUGGUUUGACUGAUGUUUCAGCCUUUCGCCAAAACCCCCAUUCUUUGCAAUGUAUUUGAUUUUUGUACAAAAACUAGGAAUAUGGGUGGAAUUAGUAGGUUUGCUUUCAUUCCAUACUUAAUAUUGCUUCAGCUUUAAAAAUCACCCUUGAACUUAAUGGUAACUGAACAAGUUAGCCCAACGUCUAACAGAUUAUGUGGGAAAUGCUAGUUAUCAACGAGUUAGUGGUUAGGAA